AUGGAUAUUCCCGUGACACCAGGGCACCCGUUUGGGGGGAAGUUCCAGAUGCCUUUUGUCCUGCAGGUGCUGCUUGCAAACCACCAGACCGAAGCAGAUCCGCAGGUGCUGUCCCUUCUAUUGGAGAAAGAAGGAUGCGAAGAAGUGGCCGAGAAGUGUAUCUUCGUUGCGGGGCACAAGGUGACCACCGACCGCCUCGCGAUACCUUUCAGCCAGGGACGGUACUUGCUGUCGAUUUACUCCAAGAAGUACUUGGACGAGGGCACUGAGGAGGAACAAGAGGCCAAGGCCGAACGCAACAAGAAGACUGUGUCGGAGAUGCAGCGUCUGAUGAAGGAAGGAGGCCACAUCUUCUGGGUCGCGCCAUCGGGCGGCCGUGACCGAAGGCGACCCGAGACGGGUCGUUUCGGCCCAGCAGAGUUUGACCAGGCCUCCGUGGGCCUCUUCUCGCUUCUGGCACAGAAGGCUGCACGCGGUGGAGGCCCGACCACACACUUCUUCCCUUUGGCGAUGUGGACGCACAGGCUGGUCCCACCCCCAGAAGAUGCCAAAGCUGGAGUUGGAGAGGCACGUAGCGCCGCGAGAGCUCCGGUGGGCCUGUCCUUCGGAGAGGCCAUGGAUCCAAAAAAGGAGGGCGGGCGGAAGAAGUUUCCAGCAGCCGUGGAGAAGCGUGUCAACGACCUGUAUGACUCCUUGGACUCCCAUAUGCCCUGA